UUUCAGGUCAGAGACAAAAUUUACAUCUUUAUCAUGAUAGCACGACGUUGCAUAAAAGUGGCUACGGCGUUUCCACCCAACGUAGCUAAAGCCAGUACAAAUGGCGUGCGUCGAGUUACACUAAUUCCAGGAGAUGGUGUCGGACCGGAAAUUUCAUCUUCAGUGCAAAAAGUAUUCGAAGCAGCAAAAGCACCAAUCGAGUGGGAUCCUGUAGAUGUUACGCCUGUCAGAGGAGAUGACGGAAUUUUCCAAAUACCCCCGAAAUGUAUCGAACUAAUGAGGGUAAACAAAGUUGGCUUGAAAGGUCCCCUAGCAACACCAAUUGGCAAAGGGCAUCGUUCACUUAAUCUUGCUGUCAGGAAAGAAUUCAAUCUCUAUGCAAAUGUGCGGCCGUGCAGAUCCUUACCAGGUCAUAAAACACUUUAUGAUGAUGUCGACAUUGUAACAAUUAGGGAAAAUACUGAGGGCGAAUAUUCUGGAAUCGAGCACGAGAUCGUGAAUGGUGUUGUCCAGAGCAUUAAAUUGAUAACAGAAAAUGCGUCAAGACGCAUCGCUAAAUAUGCAUUUGAAUAUGCACGAGUAAGUGGUCGAAAAAUGUUAACUGCUGUUCAUAAAGCAAAUAUAAUGCGCAUGUCAGAUGGUCUGUUUCUGAAUAUGUGUCGUGAACAAGCCGCAAACUACUCCGACAUAAAGUUCAAUGAGGCAUAUUUGGACACCGUUUGUUUGAAUAUGGUUCAAGAUCCAAGUCAGUAUGAUGUCUUAGUAAUGCCAAAUCUGUAUGGUGAUAUAUUAUCUGACUUGUGCGCAGGUUUGAUUGGAGGUCUUGGCGUAACUCCCUCAGGAAAUAUUGGUGAGGAUGCAGCCAUUUUUGAAUCUGUCCACGGUACUGCGCCAGAUAUUGCUGGACAGAACAAAGCAAACCCUACGGCAUUACUUCUUUCGGCCGUGAUGAUGCUGCGUUAUCUGGAAUUACCAUCAUAUGCAGAUAAGAUAGAAAAAGCCUGCUUUGAUGCGAUUAAAGAAGGCAAUGAGAAGACUGGUGAUUUGGGUGGACGUGGCACAUGUUCUUCGUUUACCGAUGAUAUCUGCAGACGUAUACGAGAUUUGGAUUAAUUUUAUAAUGUUCUCAAUUCAUGAAUUGAGUUUUGGAAAAAAUUUUUCCUUAGUAAGAGUGUGGUUUUCAAUAUCUAGAAUGCAGGAUUUUUGUAAUUUGUCAAAGCCGUCAAAUAUGGUGUUGUUUAAAAAGUGUUCCUGUUUUUCUUUUGGUUUUUCCCGUAAGUUCCUUUUUGGUCACACAAAUCUUGUUGAAAAAGAUUCUUAGCUGAUGAAUUCACCUCAACAGAUUGUGUUCAUAAUUUAUUCAUUUAAAACAGGC